CUGAUACUAUAUUAUACACUUCAAGAAGCGUAAAAACUAAGAACACAAUUUAUUUCUAGAAACUUUACCUUCCGAAUGUUUCCGGAAAGUGCCGAAACACAUUACGGAAAUAAGAACCAAUCAAAUUGUGGAUAUCAAAGUUUCACAGAUUUAAAAGAACUGUUUUCAUUGGUCAAUUUGAUUUUGCUGGAUUUUCAAACUCGUUAUUUCGCUUUUCUAAUGUUUCAGUAAUAUUGCUUAAAAUCAACAACUUUAAACAGAUAAAACGUUUCAUAGUACAAGGGAAUUAUUAGAUUACACGAUCGAGUGAAAACAUGGCUUCUGGAGAGACAGAAGGCUCAGAUUGGGAGUAUGAUGCACCUCAAUUUAUUGAUUUUCAAAAAACGGGAGGCGAGGAAGAAAUGGAUGAUAAGGCAGACCAAUGGUUCAAUUAUGACCAUGAAAAUGAUACACCAGUAAGCUUAUAUGAUGAAGAACCUGAGGCAUCUGACGGUGAAAUGGAGGAGGCAAAAGAUGACAUUGUUGAACAAACUGAAGAUUCUAAUGAAGUUGCUGCAGCGGAAACACCUAAGAUAAAGCGUGAGCGAUCAGAUGUGUUUAGCACCCCUCCCGAAACAAAGGAUAUAAAAGAUGAAAAUAUUUCUGAAGAAGACCCAGUUGAAGAACAAGAGGAUGUUGCUGAUGUUACCGAGGAACAAAGCAAGCCUAAUGUGCCAAGUGUUCCAGCAAACAUCCCUGACAACAUAUGUACUUCAUUGGCAGAGUGGCGGGCCAAGACAAAAGGUGCCAAGCUAAAGCAUGGAGCUAAUCCAAUCAAGUCAAAGAUAAACUCAGCACAAUCAAGCAUUAAAGAUAAAUCUGCUCCAGUGCAAAACAAAAAGGUGGAACAAAGUCCACCUAAUAAGAAACGACGUAGCAAUGUGACUAGAUCAAACAGUAUAGUUGACACACCCUCCAGAAACACACGUAGCAGAGCUAACCCCAGCAAGCAGGCCAACUCAGCAGAGCCAGCCAAAAGAAAGAAGUCUACAGAUAGUCUACAUCAUAGGUCACGCCUGUCCCGAGGUAGUACACCUGGGUCCCCUAAGAAUCAGCGAAAUAGACCAAGCUCUAAAGAGAAAGCUCCUAGACCUGUGCAGAAAAUGACAAUUCCAGCCACACCAUCAUUUAUGAAGAGGGCUCCAAUUAGCUCCAAUAACAAAGUAAAGGCCAGUGAACAAUUAGAGAUGGAGAAGAUUGUACAAAUGAGACAAGAACUUGCAAAGAAACGCAAGCUGGCUGAAAAAUCACACAAACGUGCACAGUGCUCAUCUGGUUACGCCCCAGUGAGAGCAGAGCACAACCACCUGACCAAACCAGAUGAGUUCCAUUUUGCUACAGAUGAACGAAUUAAAGCUCAGGCCAAGCAUGAAACUAAAGAUGUUGAUUUCACACGCCAGCUGCGCCAGCCAAGUGCCUCUCCAGCACGUAAGGAAGCCCCAAGACUUACAAAACCUCAACCAUUCCACCUUUCUGGUAACCGCAAACGUAAAUCCCAGGGAGAAAAUGGCCGCUAUGUGUCAGAUGCUGAGAAAGUCAUUAAAUUCCAUGCAAGGACCCCAGACAGGUUCAGAAGCAGGCCAACCAAAGAUGCUGCUCCCAUCAGAGGUCGCUCUAGGUCUCCCCCAGGACUUACAGUCCCCAAAACACCAAACAUAACCAAAGCCAGUCGUAAACGAACAUCACACGUCAUUAGCCAGGCUGAGAAAGAUGAACAAGAGCUUGAAGAAAUUCAAAAGAACCAGUUCAAGGCCCACCCUGUAAACCAAAAGAUUCUCAACCAUGCGAACAUAGGUGUCCCUAAAAUUCAACCAAAGGAGGUCACUCAGCCCGAGGAAUUUGAUCUUGAGGGAGCCCGACGUAAGCCAACUGCACCAGAGCCUGAGGAGCCUCAUUUUGAGUUCCAUGCUCAGCCAAUCCCAGCAAAGAUACUAGAAAAACCAACAGGGUUAAAACCUGCGAAACAUCAACCUCUCACCGUGCCUGAAUCCCCAGCAUUUGCAUUGAAGAAUAGAAUCCGACCAACUCUUAUUAAACCUGAGGAAAUACCUGAGGUGAAAUGUAUUAAAGCCCAUCCUGUACCACAUGGUGGGAUAGCCUUCCAGCCCAAGAUAGAGCACAAACACACAGUCAUCGAACCGUUCACAUUUGAAGAGAGGGACAAAUGUAAACAAAAACAGAAGGAAGAAAAAAUACAGCAAAUCUUGGAAGAGGAAAAACGAGCUAGAGAGUUCAAGGCCCAGUUACUCCCUCCACUUUCUCCCAACCAAGGUGUGCCAGAAAAGAGGCCUAAACCCCCAACAGAACCUGAACCCUUCCACAUGGAGGUGGACAACAGAGGAGCUAAGAAGGCAGAGGAAUGGAGCAAACAGAUGGAGGAGGAGCUAAAACAACAGAGGGAGUUCAAGGCCAACCCUGCCAAGGUGACACAAUGUAAACCUUUUGUCCCUAUGAAGUCUACAAAACCUCUUACAGAGCUGAAUGAAUUUGAUUUGAACACAGAACGACGUGCUGGGCAGCGAGAAGAGUAUGAAAUUCACAAGAAAGAGCGUGAUCAGGAGGCGGCCAUGAUUGAACAUGCGCGGGAUGUUCAGCGUAAAGCUGAAGAGGAGGAAGCCAUUGCUAAACUCCGACAAGAACUCGUACACAAAACCAACCCUAUCAGGAAAUACAAAAGGGUUGAAGUUCAUCCUAGUGAUAAACCACUAACUGAAGCAGAGUCUCCUAGAUUUUCUGAAAGGUUGAAGAAAAAAGUGAGAACCUGA